GAGUUGCGAAGGUGUUGCUUUCCCUGGCUCGCCCCCCUAUUGCCCGAAUAAGUUUGCAGCAUUCGUAGUUCUUGCUGUUGGCAACGAUCUGACGAAGAUUAUGGCUGAAUACGUGCGAGGAGCUCCUGAAGUGGCAGUGAUUCGAAUGUGUAAUCCUCCGCUCAAUGCAAUCAGUGAUGUGACAUUACGGGCUUUAAAAGAAAAAGUAAAACAUGCAAAUAUUGACCCCACUGCGAAAGCUGUUGUGAUUUGUGGGGCAAAUGGGAAAUUCAGUGCAGGUGCUGAUAUCAAAGGAUUUUCUGUUGGUAUUCAAAAAGAUACGGUGAGUAUGGAGUCUGUAGUUGCUCUUAUAGAGAAGAGUGAAAAACCAUUUGUGGCUGCUAUUGAAGACAUAGCUUUCGGAGGAGGCCUGGAGUUGGCACUGGGCUGUCAUUAUAGGAUUGCGAACAUGAAGGCUCAAGUUGGUUUUCCAGAAGUCACAAUAGGUUUACUUCCUGGAGCCGGUGGGACUCAACGGCUUCCACGAUUGAUUGGGGUUCCAGCUGCACUUGAUAUGAUAGUCACAGGUAAAUAUGUGCCAGCUACUGAAGCACUGAAACUGGGGAUCUUAGAUGAGAUUGUUGAAGAAAAUCCAAUUGAAGCAGCUAUAAAGUUAGCACGAAGAAUAUCAGGUCAGCCAUUGGGACCCCGCAGACUCUCUCUGAAACAGACUCCCCAACUCCCCAACAUGAAAGCUUUUCUAUCUGAGGCACUUUUGAAGGUGAAGAAGCAAGCUCCAGGAUGCCUCUCACCCGAAAUGUGCUUUCGAGCUGUGGAAGCUUCUGUGUACUUGCCCUUCGCAGAAGGAAUUCGCAAGGAAAAGGAGCUUUUUCGUCUCCUUUUCACUUCAGGCCAGGCUAAAGCAUUGCAGUACGCUUUCCUUGCCCAAAGAAUUUCAGAAAAAUGGAUCUUGCCCAAUGGGGCCUCCUGGAAGACUGCAUCCCCUCAACCAAUCCGGAAAGCAGCUGUGAUAGGUUUGGGGACAAUGGGCCAAGGCAUUGUGGUAGCUCUGGUGAAAGCUAAAAUUCCAGUUGUGGCUCUGGAGAAGGAUAAGAAGCAUCUUGAAAUAGCAAGAAAAGCUAUCAAAGCUUGUUUGGAGCGUGAAACUUUAAGAAUGCAACAGAAAGGCAAAACACUGGAUAUCCAUAAAGCUAAAUUACUUCACUUCACUCUGGAUUUUGGUGCACUAAAAGAUGUAGAUCUAGUUAUUGAGGCUGUGUUUGAGGAUAUGGUUCUGAAAAAAGAAAUAUUCUGUAAAUUAUCUGAAGUCUGCAAGCCAGAAGCCUUUUUGGGCACUAAUACUUCUUGCCUGGAUAUAGAUGAGAUUGCUUCUAUUACUAACCGUCCCCAGCAAGUCAUUGGUACUCAUUUCUUUUCACCGGCACAUGUAAUGAAGUUAAUAGAGAUCAUUCAUGGACAGCACACAUCUCCUACUGCUAUUGCUACAAUUAUGAAACUGGCCAAAAUUAUGGGCAAAUGUGGUGUUCUAGUAGAAAAUUGUUUUGGCUUUGUUGGGAAUCAGCUACUCAAUUCUUAUAAUGAACAAACAUAUUUCCUUUUAGAAGAGGGCAGUACUCCAGAGGAGAUGGACAAAAUUCUGGAGGAAUUUGGUUUCAAACUGGGUCCUUUCAAAGUAUCUGAUCUGGCUGGGCUUGAUGUGGGCUGGAAAUCUAGAAUAGGGCAAGGCCUGACAGGAGCCAACCUACCUCUUGGAACACCUCCCUGCCAACGAGAUGGUAAACGUUAUAGUCCUCUUCCUGAUGUCCUAUGUGAGCAGGGGAGAUAUGGUCAGAAAACUGGAAAGGGCUGGUACCUAUAUGAUAAACCCGGGGGAAAGACAGCGAAGUCUGAUCCCUGGUUUCACAAUUUUCUUCAAAAUUAUAGAAAUGUCCACAACAUUACAACUCGCACCAUUACCCAAGAGGAGAUCUUGGAGCGUUGUCUGUAUUCACUUAUCAAUGAGGGUUUCCGAAUAUUAUCUGAAGAGAUUGCAUCUUGCCCAGAAGCCAUUGAUACCAUCUAUAUCAAUGGUUAUGGGUGGCCCAGACAUAAGGGUGGUCCAAUGUUCUAUGCUUCUGAGAUUGGGCUGCCUCAGAUUCUAAGAAAACUGCAAAAGUAUGCUGAGGCUAAUCCUGACAUACCUAAACUACAACCCAGUCCCUUUCUGCAGAAACUCGUCACCCUUGGUAGCCCUCCGUUGAAGAACUGGCCAUCACUUGUGAGAGCCCAGCAAAACAAGUUAUAAUUAAUGUUGCUGAAAAUCAUCAUCUUUACAUGCAAGUGGGAGGGUUUUAUUUUCCUACCUUAUUCUAAAAAAGUUUUGGGGAUGCAUGUAAAUAUUCUCAUGGGUCAUUUUUAAGCUCUCCUUAUUGUUAGACUUGGGGUGCUACUGUUUGCAUUGUUUUCCAUCAUUGUGAAGCCCACGCAUCUCAGGGAAGACCCAAUGGGAACAAUGCCUUUUUAAUACUCCUUAGCAUUUAAUGGAAGCCUAGAUGAUUGCUUAGAUGAUUGGGGGAAAGGAUACUUGCACCCAUGCCAUGGCAACCCUUCAGUAAAUGGCAGAAUAUAACCUAUGAUAAGUUCAAUGAAAUCCUUUUCUUCUUUGAAAUACAUUUACAAAGCAAAUUGUCUUUCAUCAGAUGGAAUGAGAGCUGAUAGGAAAAUAAAACAUAGAAUAUUUUUUCUACACACAAGUUAUCAUUCAGUAUAAGCAGGCUGUUUCCUAUUCAGAUUUUUUUAACUGAUUGAUUUCAGGCUGUAGACUGAAAUACAGGGUGCUAUAGAAUAAUACCACUGUCUUUUCUGAUUUCAAAAAUGAGCCCUCACCCUCUCUCUCCAAAUGAUAAAUUGUUACUAGCAAAGUGCCUUUUAUCAUACCACUUGCUUGAAAGCACAUGCUAGUAUUAAGCUGCCCUGUCUCUGAAUAUACUUGAUCAAGCUAUUUUACAAGAAGAGAAAAAAUAACUUUGAUCUGAAAGAUGCAUACUAUUCUGGAAGUAAAUACAUUCCUGGGCUGAGUAUAUUCUUUGCUUUUGCUCCACCUCAGUCUCCCAAGCUACUGUUUUUACCAAUUGCACCUCUGAAUUCUGGGUAAAAAAAGUUAAAAAAAUCACUGUUAAAUCUUUGUAUGUUUCCUCUAUUAGAUUGUAAAACAAGUUUCUCAAACUUGGUACCAUCCAGAAUGCUAUAGCAGGUAAGGUAUUGGACUGAAAAGGUCCAUGUAUGUGUCCUUCCUCAGCUAGGAAUCUGCUCUGAACCAGCUGCUAUAUUUCAGUCCAACCUUUUAGGCUAAUCGGAAGAAUUGGAGGAGAUAGUCCUUAUAUGUGCUGCUAUGAUUCCUGAAGAAGACUGAAUAUUCUGACACAUCUGGAAGAUACCAGGUUGGGGAAAGCUGUUCUAAAAUUCUAAGAUUUGUGAAAUUGUAUCCAGCUUAUCAACUUGUUACCUCUUGUUUGGUCAUGGAAAUAAAUACGUGUCUUCCUCAAGUUAA